AUGUGGUGGGAAGGCCCACCCUGGCUACGCCAAUCAGAACGAUUUUGGCCUCCGCUAGUUCGCACGCUUGCUCAAGAGUUUCCAGUUGAACCGUUAGAAGAAGCAACUAUCAGCCUACCGGUGCAAGUGCAACCACCGAGCUUCAUUUCUGCCUUGCGCUCGUCAUACAUUUCACUUAUCCGUCUCGUAGCUUAUUUGUUGCGAUUUGCAUACAACGCAAGAAAAGCAAAUCGUCUAAAACGCCGCAAAAGUUUUCUUCAAACCGAGGAACUAAACGAAGCAGUUUGUGUAUUAGCUCGUAUCGCCCAGGAAGAGUCUUUUGCUGAAGACAUUAGAAGCGUUGUUGCUAGUGGCCAAGUCAAGUCCAAUUCCCGAUUAAAAACUCUAGCACCGAUUCUUAAAGAUGAUAUUUUGCGAGUCGGUGGUCGGCUUAGAUACGCACCAAUAUCAGAAGAGAGAAAACAUCCCAUAAUCUUGCCACCAAAUUAUCCUUCUACCGAGUUAGUUAUGGUUUACUAUCACGAAAAGUUGCUACACGCUGGACCCCAACUACUCAUAGCUACUAUCCGAGGAAGAUUUUGGCCUCGACGAGUACGUAACCUAGCGCGCAGAGUAGUACAUCAAUGCAUAAAAUGUUUUCGCUGCAAACCGACAGUUCUCGAGCAGCUAAUGGGAGAUUUGCCUGCUGAACGAGUGACUCCAACCUACCCGUUCAUAAAAACGGGCGUCGACCUCUGUGGACCAAUCUAUUAUCGUCACACGGGUCGAAAAUCCGCUCCAAUCAAAGGUUAUGUCGCUAUCUUCGUGUGCCUAGUUACGAAAGCGGUGCAUAUUGAAUUAGUGGCAGACCUCUCUACCAAUGCGUUUAUCGCUGUUCUGAAGCGCUUUGUAGCACGUCGAGGUAAACCAACCGUAAUCGAAUGCGAUAAUGCCAAAAAUUUCCUCGGAGCAUCAAGAGAGUUAGCAGAAUUAUCUCGGCAGUUUACUUCCCAACAACAUCAACACCUGGUAACCUCGCACUGCAGCGAGUCCGGUAUCCAGUUUAAUUUCAUCCCACCGCGCUCCCCAAACUUCGGUGGCCUCUGGGAGGCUGCCGUGAAAUCCUUCAAAAGACACCUGAAAGCCACAAUGGGAGCAUCAGUCCCUUUGAAAGACGAUUUUGAAACCCUCCUAGUUCAGAUCGAGAGCUGUUUAAAUUCUAGACCGCUAACGCAGCUCUCCGCUGACCCAGAUGAAUUGGAAGUUCUCACACCUGGUCAUUUUUUGAUUCAUCGACCACUGGAAGCUAUAGCAGAACCAUCGUACGAAAGCAUACCCACCAGUCGUUUGGAUCGUUAUCAACAAAACCAGGAAUCUUUACGCCGCAUCUGGAAACGCUGGAGCUCAGAUUACCUGUCCGGAUUGCUCCCACGUACCAGGUGGACCCAGCAACGCGACAACAUAGCAAUUGGGACAAUGGUGCUAGUAAAAGACGACAACCUCCCGCCCCUCAAAUGGCGGUACGACCGUGUCAUCCAAAUUUUCCGCAGUGACGACGGCAAUGUUCGAGUAGUAAUCGUCAAGACAAAAGAUGGCGAGCUACGCCGUGCUAUCUCGAAUAUUUGUGUGCUACCCGUGAGAUCGUCAGCAACCGCUGAGGAUGAAGAUCGACUUUACGAUAUGUAA